AUGGAUACGAAAUCUAAACCUUCGCCAAAUUUCAACUCCGAUAAUUUCCUGUAUACUUUUCGCAAAGAAUCAAAUCAACCAGUGAUCAAGAACUCAACGAAGCCUACAAAGGGACAACAUAUAGAAACUGUGUAUAUUAUUUUGCAAGAUACGAAUGAUCGAAAUGAUGAUUCAUUUCAAAAUAAGAAACAUGAUAAAACGCCGAAUGAUAUCGGGAAACCUGAAAUGGUUACUGCAACUCUAGAAAUACAGGAAAGAAGCGAUAAUUGCCAUCUUAUGAAAGAAAAUAACCUAAACGGAACCAAUUGGAAGUCAAUUUUACCAAAUUGCGAUAUUAACGAAAUAAUAAGUAAAUUUUUGCUCAAAUCUUUGUCGGACCCAGACAUAUUCAAGGAAGUAAAGAAAUAUAUACAAAGCAAUUUGUUGCUUUCUGCGAGAGAGAAAAGUCUCUCUUUGAAUAUUUCAUCUCAAGAAAGAGAUGAAAAACACAUGGUGAUGUUACUAAAAUGCAUGGCCCAGCUAAAGUUUUAUGAAUUGGCUUCUGCUUUAUCUGCCAGUUCCCUAGAGAAGAUCAAAGCUAUCGGCCAACAAUUGUACCGUUGCGCAACAUCAAGACUUAAAGAACGACCAGAAGUCAUGACUCAAUACCCAUCUGAAAAAUUUUUGUGUAAAGCCAAUGAAAAUAACAUCAUCAAAAUGGAGUCCUUGCCUGGCUUUGAGCUAAAAAUUCCUGUAGAAUGUUUAGCGAGAGAUACAGAAAUUACUAUAACCGUUUAUUUUGCAGAUCCACCGUACAACUAUGGUAUUCAAAAUAUUAAAGCAACACUGCUAUCACCAAUUAUUAGAAUUGAGCCUGAUCGUUUAGAAUUGAUUAAGAACUCGCAAUAUCCGACUUUACAAUUGCCUUUCUUUCAUGGAAUGGAAUCGAAACCAUCUAGUUUGAUAGAUGAUGAAGAAAAAAACUUGAUACAAUUGUUUUCUGGCAAGAAUCUGUAUGCAAAAUGGUCAACAGAUGAUGAUAUUGGAAAUCCUUUAAAAAGGACAGAAAAAGCGUGUGUUUUCCAAAUUGAUCAUUUUGCCUACUUUUGUGCUGGAAUAAAUCAUUCUGAGCGGCCAUCUAAGAACUUCAGUGCAAAAAGUCCACAAUUUCUUAGUCUUCGCUUACAGCAGCAGAUUGACUUCAGAGUGUUUCUAUCGGUAACUGGCAAAGGCUCAGCUUUCAUUGAAAUUGUUAUUACGCAAAAAGGUAUUCCAUAUGAACCAAAGCGGUAUAAAUCUGUUAAGCAGCAUGAAUUAUUUAAUGAUUUGGAAGAUGUUACUUGCUUGAAGAACGGUUACUAUCAAAUUAAAUUUCUCUCGAGCUAUCUAAUUCAUAACUCAGUUGAUUCAAAAGAUAGCAUCAAAGAUAUUUACAUUAACUGGAAUGCGAGAAAUAUUUAUUCAGUCACAUACCGAUGUCAACUGUCUGAUGAUGAGCCAGCAGAACUUUGUCAAAUAAUCAUACAAUGUGAAGGGAAAAACGGGAAACCGACAGAAGUUAUUUCAAGUUUUAUAUUUUUACCAAAUGGUGUAAAUGAAGAGAACUUGAGAGAGUCGUUCGUCGAAGGUAAUUUUAUAAUUAGCUUUGAACCAUUAACAGAUUAA